UUAAAAAAUAGAGGUAUACAAUUAUUUUGAAACAGACUUAAGGUUUAUCGAAACCCAUUUAUGUGAACAAGCCCUUUCCCUUUGAAGUUCAACUAUACCUUAACUUAAAUAUUUCAAGUUCACAAGGCAUAAAAUAAUAUUACCAUGAAAAGUUACUUGCUGGCUAGUUUUUUAAUACUAUUACAUGAAGUCUAUGCCGAAGAUGAUUUCGAGGAAUCAAGAAUAAGGAGACAAGUCAACUCAUUGCCACUCGUCUACCCAUAUGGAGGAACGUAUAAGCUUGUCACGGGAUUUUCGGCUCCUAUACCAAAUAGUGAUAAUAUCCCCAUAAAUUUUGUGGUCAGUUUUCAAUACCAGUAUGUACAAUAUGCGAAUAUAUCUGAACUAUCAAGGUACUAUGUUAUUAAAGAAGUUAGUAGAGAAGAGAGAGAUGCGGAUCUUGUUGUAAGGAGAGAUGAAAGACUUGUAUUCUAUCAGUCAGCUAUUGAUACGCUAGAUUCGAAGGGUUUUAAUGGUGAGCAAUGCGUAUACCGUGCAUUAUGUGAAGCUGCACAGCAUCCUGUAGAAGAUGAUGGUCUUUUUGGUGAAGUGAUACAUAUAUUGUUAACACCAGAUUUUGGAAGGACCGAUUUUGACGAAGACCCCCAAUGGAAAGAAAUAUUGGAACCCUAUAUAGAUGCAAGUGUUGCGGGAAGGCAGAUGUAUAAUUGUGCCUUUUUGUAUAACAAAUGUCCAGACGGAGAAGGCAUUUUGGAAUUUAUAUCCGUCCUUAAUGAAAAAUGAUUUUUUUAUAUAUGCAUAGGCCCGUUUAUUCAAAUAUCAAUCACAUUUUUAAAGUACAAUACUCUAUUAA